AUGGGCUAUCAGAGAGUAAGGCUGCGAGACCCAGGCCCAAGACCCAGCGCUGGCCUGAAGAUGGGGUUGCCAGUCGCCGGUCCCUUUCAUAAACCUUGGAAGCGAGCGAUGAGUCAAGCGGUCUGGCCCCAAAAUCUGGGUGGCAUCCCCUGUCUUCAGGAGCCAAAAUCUGAAAAAUAUCAUGUCAAUGUUCAGAGAAUUUUUGACAUUGACCCGAGGACUGCGACGUGGUCGCAGCAAAAUCCCAUGCAGCCGGCUGGAGCAGUGCUUGUGAAAGGAUCCAUUGAAACUGUUGGAUGUUGA